ACCCCUGAAUUUCUCUCUCUCUGUUCCUGCCUCAUUUGUGUGCGUGUGUGUCACUGCAAGACACUGCUUUCUGCAUUGCUUCUCUGCAAAUCUUUCGCCGCCUUCUGCGUCCAUUUGGGUCGUUCCCCCACUUGUGAAAUUUCGGGUUUUCUCUUUCUUCGAGCUGAGACACAGUCUCUUAUGCCCGAAAGGUUACUUUUUUUUUUAUAACUUCCCAUGGGUGUGUGAAUUGGAAUGAUCACUUCCGCUCAAAUAGCAGUGUUGUUGCAUUUGGAUUAGGAAAGCCUUGUCGGUCUCGAGGAGCUAAGGGUUUCCAGAAAUUUCGUAUCUUUUUGGGUACCCAUUUGAGAAAAGAUCACUGGGUUUCAGCCAGAAAUUAUUGGAGUUACAUGGGUUUCCCUUGAUCUAAGCCGAGAAUCAGUGUCCCUAUUGUUGAUGGAACUCAACUGGGUUAUGUGUGUGCCGACCUGAAUACUGCUGAUUAGGAAAAAUAUAUAUAUAUAUAUAUAUAUAAAGAAUAAAAAUAAGAUCGAAUCUAUUAAAGUCCCUUACUUUACUUAGCAAGGUUUCCCAGUUAAUAUAGUAGAGUAUGGUGGAAGCAACAUUAGGGGGCUAAGUGCCUUAGUUUGAUUUUGAGGCCUUUCUGAAUUUUUGGUGCUGUGGUUCUGCGGAUCGGUUGGUUCGUCAUCAUGCCUUUGUAUGAGUUAUACCGUUUGGCUGGAGAGAAGCUUGGUAAAGAGACUAACAGCACACGUGCACCUGAUCAAUCUUCCUCGCCUGAGAAUGAUUUUUUCGAGUUGGUUUGGGAGAAUGGUCAGAUUUCGAGCCAGGGUCAGUCUAGUAGAGUUAGAAAGAGUCCAUCUUGCAGGAGUUUGCCCUCUCACUGCUUACCAUCUCACAGUCCCAAAGGUAGAGAUAAAGAGGUAGGAUAUGGUAUCAACACAAGGAUGGGAAAGCUUGAGGAUUUAGACACUGGAUUGAAUGAAAUUCCAAUGUCAGUGCCGUCCCGUGAAGUGGAUUUGAGUCAAGAUGAAGAUGUGUUACCUUGGUUGGAUUAUACGAUGGAUGGUUCUUUGCAACAUGAAUAUGGUUCUGAUUUCUUACAUGAAUUAUCUGAUGUCACAGAAAAUAAUCUUCCUGCCUCGAAUAAUUUUACACUAUUGGAUAAAAGAGGCAAUGGCAAUAUGUUAUUUAGGGACUCUCAUAAAAUUUCUGCAGAACAAGGGAAUGUUUCCAAGGGUUCUUCAGCUGAACUGGUUGAGAGUGCUAGACCUAAAGCUAGUACCAGUCAGUUAUACCCCCCAUCAUCGCAUCAAUGUCAAACAUCAUUGGUAUCUGCUAGAUCAAGGGCAUCAGAUAUAACUGAAAAUAAUAACAAAAGUAAUGCAAACCAGGAUGUGCAGUAUGGCGAAAUUGCUCAGGUUCUAUCUUCCUCAAGUGAUUUUUCGGGCUCAAAGAUGCAGAAGAAAGAUCCACCUAUGCCUAGCAAUGGUUCCAGUUCCUCCAUAAUGAAUUUCUCCCAUUUUGCAAGGCCUGCUGCUAUUGUGAGAGCUAAUCUUCAGAACAUUGGCUCGAAGUCUGGUUUGUGUUCGGCAAGAUCAGACGGUAUGGGAAUUAAGAAUAAAGGUGCUGCUGCAAGUAGCAGCAAUCCUCCCGAGUCAAUUCUUGUUGAUUCAGGUGGUGAAUGUCCAAAGGAACCAACCAUGCACUGCCAGCAGGUUGUGGAGCAAUCCAAGGCUGAUUUGAAAUCUUUGCAGCCAAACUCUGUCGAACAGAAUGCUCUGCCUUCUAAGCAGUUGGAGGCUGCUUGCAAAGAGAGUGCCACUAACAUUGAUCAGACCCCCAAUCAAGUUCUUGGUGACUGUAGCACUAAAGGACAGACAGCUGCGGAAAAGAGUAUGGAGCCAGCCGUAGCCUCUUCCUCUGUUUGUUCUGGCAACGGUACAGACAGAGGCUCUGAUGAGCCAAAUCAAAGUUUGAAGAGAAAAAGUAAAGACACUGAGGACUCUGAGUGCCAUAGUGAAGAUGUUGAGGAAGAAUCAGUGGGUGUUAAGAAAGCAGCUGCUGGACGAGGAGGUACAGGUUCCAAGAGAAGCCGUGCAGCUGAAGUGCAUAAUCUAUCUGAAAGGAGGCGAAGAGACAGGAUCAAUGAGAAGAUGCGUGCAUUGCAAGAACUCAUACCAAAUUGCAAUAAGGUUGAUAAAGCUUCAAUGCUGGAUGAGGCAAUUGAGUAUCUUAAAACACUUCAACUCCAAGUUCAAAUUAUGUCAAUGGGAGCUGGUUUAUAUAUGCCUCCAAUGAUGUUACCUGCGGGAAUGCAGCACAUGCAUGCGCCACAUAUGGUUCCAUUCUCACCUAUGGGUGUGGGCAUGCAUAUGGGAUUUGGUAUGGGUUAUGGGAUGGGCAUGCCUGACAUGAGUGGUGGAUCUUCUAGAUUCCCUAUGAUUCAGAUGCCCCAAAUGCAAGGAACUCAUAUCCCUGUUGCCCAUAUGUCUGGACCCACUGCUUUACAUGGGAUGGCCAGAUCAAGUUCCUCAGGGUUUGGGCUUCCAGGGCAGGGACAUCCCAUGCCAAUGCCGCGUGCUCCUACAUUUCCUUUUUCAGGUGGGCCUCUCAUGAACUCAUCAGGUCUGGGACUCCAUGCCUGUGGAUCAUCAGGACAUGUUGAAACUGUAGAUUCGGCUUCAGCAUCUGGCCUAAAGGAUCAAAUGCCAAAUGUGGACCCACAAGUCAAGCAAAGCACUGGUGGCUGUGACUUAACUAGUCAGAUACCUACCCAGUGUGAAGCAGCAGCUGUAGGAUUUGAACAAUCAGCUUUGGUGCGUAGUAGUGGUCAUGCUCAUUCCUCUGAGGCUAAUGACAGUGGAGCUGUCAAUCCUGGCAAAGAAGACGACCUUGUGCUUGGUUAUGAUUGAUAAGACUGUGGCUAAUGGAAGAUUCCAAGUUUUAAAAAAUAUGAGUCUAAAAGCUCUUGCAGAUUAAAGCACAGGAUAUUUCAGAGUCAUUGAGGUUAUAACCCCUCACAAUAACUAUUGGAAUCCUAAUUUUCAGACACGAAAUUACACAGAUUUUGGUAUCUUGAGAGAUGUCACUCAUUUGUACAUCCACUUAGCAACCUGUUCAAUCAAUCAGCGUAGAAAUUUUAUAUAUCCUUACAAAUAUGUAUCAAAUGUUGGAUCAGAUCUUUCAUAGUGAUUCUUUGGAUUAAUGAAAUAAUAGUUUUCUUUCUUUCUUGGCCAUCUGUUUUGUCUCCCU